CCUGGAAAUUCACUGUUCCUGAUGUUUGAGAUCACAGGAGAUGAAGGUGUUCUUCAUGUUCAGGUGUGUUUGUUCCAGCAGGUGGCGCUGUGACUGAUUUUGCGCAUUUGAUUGCAAGUGGAACUUAAAACAUUUCAGGUGUGACAGGUGACAGGUGACAUGCAUCUGAUGCCGCUGUGAGAUUCUCUCAGUGACGAGCAGAAAACACGAACUUGCAGGAUGAAACUGGAAAAGGAAAAACACGAUAAAAGAGAGAAGAAGAAGUCCAAACAUUCCUCUAAAGACAGAGAGAAGGACUCGGAGCCGAAUGGCAAACACAAACCCUCCUCAAAGAUGCAGGAGUCAGACAGUCAAUCUGGAGUCAGCAGCAGUGCGGUGAAAAGCGAAGCAGGAGAUGGUGAAAUGCAUGAGGACGUUAAAGUAGGUCCUGAUGAAAGAACUCAAGAUGAUGGACAGGAGAAAUCAAGUUCACCAGAAAUCAACAACAACAAGAAGAACAACAAACAGAAGACUCGAUCAAAAAGCAGCAAGGAGCGUCACAAUCAUAAGGAGAAGAGCGAGCAGACUGCAGAUCAGGAGCUGUGCGACGUGGAUGGAAACCUGCAAAACGAGAGCAACGGAGACUCAAAUCAGGCGGACGAGGGUCACGGGUGCGAAUCUGAGGCCGCGCCGAAGCAGGAGGCGGACGAACCGCAGGCCGCGGCACCUGUCAAGAUAAAGAAGAAGAGAGUCAAAGAUGAAAAGAGCCCAGAGAAACACGACGAUAAGAAUCAGACGUCUGGGAAGAAGAGGAAAAAACAGACUUCUGAACACGACAAAGCAGAGAAGAACAAAAAGAUCAAGAAAGGUGGAGACGAGGAGGACAAGAAGAAGAAAAAGGGGAAGAAGGAGGACAAGAAAGACGAGGAGUCUGAUAAGUGGAAGUGGUGGGAGGAGGGAAAAUUAUCAGACUCUCAGAAAUGGAGCAGUUUGGAGCACAAAGGGCCGUAUUUUCCUCCCGAAUACGAGCCGCUGCCUGAUAACGUCUGCUUUUAUUAUGACGGUCAGACGGUGAAACUCAGUCCAGCUACGGAGGAAAUCGCCACUUUCUACGCUAAGAUGCUGGAUCACGAAUACACCACUAAAGAGGUGUUUCAGAACAACUUCUUCGGCGACUGGAGGGAGGUAAUGACUAAAGAUGAGCGCAAGUUGAUCAAGACGCUCUCCAAGUGUGACUUCAGUCAGAUCCUCAAGUAUUUUGUGGAGAAAUCGGAGGAGCGUAAGAACAUGACGAAGGAGGAGAAGCAGGUCCUGAAAGACGAGGCCAACCGGCUGAUGGAGGAGUACGGCUACUGUCUGCUGGACGGACACCGCGAGAAGAUCGGCAACUUCAAGCUGGAGCCGCCGGGGCUGUUCCGCGGCCGAGGAGAACAUCCCAAGAUGGGCAAACUGAAGAAACGCAUCCAGCCGGAGGACGUGACCAUCAACUGCAGCGAAGAUUCAAAGGUCCCAGAGCCCCCUGCAGGUCACCAGUGGAAGCGCGUUCAACACGAUAACACUGUCACAUGGCUGGCGUCGUGGCUGGAGAACAUUCACGGACGACCCAAAUACAUCAUGCUGAACCCCAGCUCCAAACUCAAGGGCGAGAAAGACUGGCAGAAGUACGAGACGGCUCGGCGGCUGAAGAUGAGCGUGGACUCCAUCAGGAAGCGGUACAGACGCGACUGGAAGUCCAGAGAGAUGAAGAGCCGACAGCGAGGAGUCGCCAUCUACUUCAUCGACAAGCUGGCGCUGCGAGCGGGGAACGAGAAGGACGACGAGUCGGCCGAUACGGUGGGCUGCUGUUCUCUGCGUGUCGAGCACAUCAGGCUCCACCGGCGUCUGGACGGACAGGAACACGUGGUGGAGUUCGACUUCCUGGGCAAAGACUCCAUCCGCUACUACAACAAAGUGCCUGUGGAGAAACAGGUUUUCAAAAACCUGAAACUGUUCAUAAAGCAUAAAGAUCCAGAAGAUGAUUUAUUUGAUCGAAUUACAACGAUCAACCUCAACAAAACCCUGAACGAGUCCAUGUCUGGACUGACGGCCAAAGUGUUUCGAACCUUCAACGCCUCGACCACGCUGCAGGAUCAGCUCAACAAACUCACCACAGAGGACAUGACGGUGGAGGAGAAGAUCCUGUCGUAUAAUCGGGCCAAUAGAGCCGUGGCCAUCCUCUGUAACCACCAGAGGGCAGCACCCAAAACCUUUGAGAAAUCAAUGCAGCUGCUGCAGGAGAAGAUCCAGAAGAAAAAGGAACAAAUUGAAGAGGCCAAAAAAGAGCUGAAGGAAGCGAAGAAAGCACAUAAGGACGCUCCGUCUGACAAAUCCAAGAAGCUGCUGGAGAAGAAGGAGAAGGCCGUCCAGAGACUAUGUGAGCAGCUAAAGAAGCUGCAGCUGCAGGAAACCGAUCGUGAGGAGAACAAGGUCAUCGCUCUGGGAACGUCCAAACUCAACUACCUGGACCCGCGCAUCACCGUGGCCUGGUGUAAGAAGCAUCAGGUCCCCAUUGAAAAGAUCUACAACAAAACCCAGAGGGACAAGUUCGCCUGGGCCAUUGACAUGACUGACGAGAACUUCCAGUUCUGAAGAUCCGCCUGUGUUUCCGUGUUAAUCGUGUGCUGUUUGAUUAUUUGUGGUGUUUUGUUUUGUUUGAUCUGUUGUGUAAGACAAUCACAUCUCCAGUAAAGCCUCUCGUACAUCA